AUGACCGAAUCUGUAUCCCAAAAAGCCGUUUGCGUAUACUGUGGGUCGUCUUUCGGUAAGGACCCACAAUUCUCAGAGGAAGCCCGCAAGCUGGGCAAAUUGUUGCACGCAAUGGAGUGGAAACUCGUGUAUGGUGGUGGUACCACUGGGUUGAUGGGCGAAAUCGCCAAGGCUACUAUGGGCCCAGAAGCCGAUGGUUCUGUGCACGGUAUCAUUCCAAAUGCAUUGGUAUCUAGAGAACGCACCGAAGAUAGCCCUGCCGACAAGGUUUCGGUUUCGUCUUUCAACGACGAAAUCAAGAAAUCUGUGGAAAACCACAAUGGUCUCACACCUCUGAGCCGCGAGUACGGUGUCACUACCAUUGUUCCUGAUAUGCACACCCGUAAGCGGAUGAUGGCUACCGAAAGCGAUGCGUUCGUGGCUAUGCCAGGUGGAUAUGGUACUUUGGAAGAGAUUAUGGAGUGCAUCACGUGGUCACAACUAGGAAUCCACAAGAAACCUGUGGUUUUAUUCAACACCGACGGAUUCUUCGACGGGUUAUUGCAAUUCAUCCAGCACGCCAUCAAGAGUGGCUUCAUCAGCGAGAAGAACGGUAAAAUAAUCCAAGUUGCCACAACCGCCGAGGAAGUCAUCGAGAAGAUUCAAAAAUAUCAAGUUCCUGAAGGCCGUUUUACUUUGAACUGGGACGACGAAAAGACCAUUGCGAACUAA